AUGGGGAAUUCAAAAGUAGAUGGUUCUGUACUUUUCCAUCAAAUUACUAAGGAAUUAGGUGAAGUAAAAGAAAAAUGUGAUGUACAACCAAAUGAUGAUAUUAUUGUAAAUAAAUGCACAGGAGUGUUGCUAGAUCUUUUGUUAAAUUCUACUGAUUCACUAGAUGAUCUAAAUACAAUUUUUGAUGUUGCUAGAAAAUUAUACUUGGAGCAUAUCGUAAAAUUUUCAAUCUUUCCUCAUAAAUUAAUGCAAACUUUGUUCUCAUUAACACAACCCAAUAAAUGGAAAAAUUUUUUUCCCGCAAUAAGAUAUGUCUUCUCUAUGAAAUAUAAUGGUUUAAAUACAAGAAUUGCAACUCAAAUAGCUGUAUCAAUAUUUAAUUUAAUGGAAUCUAAAAUUCGUUACACUAAUGAUCCAGAGUUUCUUCAAGAUUUAAAUGUUUUGGAGAUUGAAAUUUUAGGAAUGGGACAUGAAAGUAUGAUUAAUAAACGAAAUGAUGUUUAUAAAAGUUUAGCAAAUUUUGUUGAAUUUUCAUCAAAUAUGAAAGAUGAUGAUAUACUUGGAAGUUCAAAAGAUUCAUCCAUGAAUAACUUUGAGGAUGAUGAUGGUGGUUCAGAUGAUGGUGAAAUUGUUGAAGAAGAUAAUGUAUUUACUCAACUUGGAAUUGUUUUACGAGCUCCUAAAUCAUAUAGAAAAUUUUUGGAGGAAGAUUAUUUAAAAGUUGUGAGUUAUCUUAAUGAUCCAUACAAAAUUUCACAAAAAGACAUGAUUGAAGAAUAUUGCAAUGUAGUAAGAUCAUUUUUAGGAAAGUUAAAUUCAAUUAAAUGUGAUCGUUUUUAUGGAGAAAAUUGUGAUGUUGAUCAAAUUUAUAGAAAUACAAGCCUUCUUUAUACAGGUGUAGAUUUUAGGUUUAAAAAAUUUGCCAAUCCACUGUUUCGUCUAGUAUUUUUUGGUCAGUUAAAAAUUUUAAAUAAUUAUUUAAAUGGUACUUAUGAAUCUGAUGAUUGUAAAACUAAAGAAUUUGAGGAGUGUAAAACUAGAGAAUCUGGGGAUUGUAAACUUAAAGAAUCUGAUGCAGAAAAAUUAUCAAAUUUAGAAGAUGUUUUGACACAAUUUAUGAAAAAUUUACUUGAAGAUAUGGGUGAUUCACAUAUAGAUGAUACAUACAAUAGUAUUAUGAAUCAUAUUGAUAAUGAAAAAUUAUUUUUUGCUAUUAAAAAUAGAAAAAAAGCAAAAAUUGAGGGGAGUGUUGAAGAUGAGGAUACUCUUGAAGAAUGGCCAAGAAUUAAUGAAUGUUUUAAUAUUCUUAAAAUGUUGGAAGAUAAAUAA